UCCCAUUCAUGAUCUUUAAAUUUGUUAGCUCUCUUGCUGUAGCUUGGAAAUUAUCCCUAUAUGUGACUUAUUGGUCUAUUACCAAUUUUUAAAGCAUCCUAUCAAUAUUCUUAGCUUGUUGUCAUGGAAGAUCUAUAUGGUCCCCUCUAUUUUUCAACCUCUGAAGGCCUGAAGAAAGCAUGAGCUUCUCUGAUGAAUAUUAAACCUCACUUUUCUCUCUGUUUCCUUUGCCUUGUGUAAAAACUUCGAAGAAUUUUCCCAUCUGGGUUCUGAUAAUCACAUGAAAUUAUAAACAGAGAGAAAAUUCCGGCCAAAUCACCAAUCUUGCCAACUAGGCCAGCUCAAUACCCAGAAAUGGGUUUGGUUUCCGCUAGGCUGUUGGUUUUGUGCUACUUGAUUUUGCUAGUUGGAGGUUUGACCCGGAGCCAAAACAGCAGUGUUGCCCCCUUGAGGCAGAGUGUUGUGAAUGUGGGGGCUCUUUUAGCUUUUGAUUCCACAAUUGGAAGGGUCGCAAAGCUCGCAAUUGAGCUCGCAGUUGAGGAUGUGAACAAAAAUCCGAGCAUUCUCUCCGGCACAAGGUUGAAUGUGAUUAUGCAGGACACAAACUGCAGUGGAUUUAUUGGGACUAUUGAAGCCUUGCAGCUGAUGAUGAAUGACGUUGUCGCCAUAAUCGGCCCACAAUCAUCCGGCAUUGCCCGUGUAGUCUCCCAUGUUGCGAAUAAACUUCAUCUCCCUCUUCUCUCGUUUGGGGCCACAGAUCCCACCCUUUCUUCAAUGGAAUACCCUUAUUUCGUUCGAACAACUCAAAAUGAUCUUUUCCAAAUGAACGCGGUAGCAGAUGUAAUAAAAUAUAAUGGAUGGAGAGAGAUAAUCGCCAUCUUUGUAGACGACGACUACGGGAGAGGAGGGGUAGAGGCAUUAGGCAAUGCUGUUGAAAGUUAUCGCUCAAAGAUCAGCAAAGCUGCUUUCCCCCCCUACGCUAACAGAAGAAGGAUAAAAAGUUUAUUGUCAGAGAUCAAUCUAAUGGAAUCAAGGGUUUACGUUGUCCAUGUAAACCCUGACUCAGGACUUAUAAUUUUCUCCAUUGCAAAAGAAUUGGGAAUGAUGGCUAGCGGCUAUGUGUGGAUAGCAACGGAUUGGCUUACUACAGUCUUGGAUUCUUCGAAGGCCACAGAUCUUGACAUAAUAAAAGGGGUGGUUACCCUUCGCCAACAUAUUCCAGAUUCUGACAUCAAAACCUCAUUUAUGUCACGCUGGGAUAAUAUAAUUCAGAAAGAAAAUACCAGUUUUGGUUUGAACACUUACGGGAUGUAUGCAUAUGAUUCGGUUUGGUUAGUUGCUCAUGCUAUCGAUCAGUUUCUUAGGGAAAGGCAGACCAUUUCUUUCUCCAGUGAUUCAGGUUUGCCUCGUGCCAAUGCAAGUGUUCUUAAUCUAGGAGCUCUUAAGUCCUUUGUCGAAGGUGCUAAUUUACUUCAGAAAGUGCUGCUUGCUGACUUUACGGGCUUAACUGGUCGAGUUCAGUUUAGUUCAGAUAGAAAUUCAAUCCUUCCAGAGUAUGACAUUCUCAACAUUGUAGGAUCCGGUCCACACAGAAUUGGAUUCUGGUCUAAUUAUUCGGGUCUCUCAGUCGUUGCUCCAGAAAAAUUGUACGGAAAACCGAAAAACACUAGCUUCACUAGUCAACAACUCCUUCGUGUCACUUGGCCUGGUGAAACAAAAGUGAGGCCACGUGGCUGGGUGUUUCCAAACAAUAGGAAGCCUCUGAGAAUUGGAGUUCCCUACCGAUCCAGUUAUAAGGAUUUUGUAACAAAAGAUAGCGACUCUGGCGGCGUAAAAGGGUAUUGUAUUGAUGUGUUUGAAGCUGCAGUUGACUUGUUGCCGUAUCCAGUUCCACACAUGUUCAUCCCAUUUGGAGAUGGUGUAAAGAAUCCAAAUUACAGUGAUCUUGUGCAGAAAGUUGCUGAUAAUUACUUUGAUGCGGCGGUCGGGGACAUAACAAUUGUGACCCCUCGAACGAGGAUUGUGGACUUCACACAACCUUUCAUGGAAUCAAGCCUUACUGUAGUUGCUUGGGCAAAAGAAACUAAAUCGAGUCCUUGGACUUUUCUCAAACCAUUCACUCUGCAAAUGUGGUGUGUGACAGGGGCUUUUUUUGUUAUUAUCGGAGCAGCAGUUUGGAUCCUGGAGCAUCGUCUGAAUACAGAGUUUCGUGGAUCUCCAAGGGAACAGCUUGUGACAAUUUUCUGGUUUAGCUGUUCAACAGUGUUUUUUGCAAACCGACAGAAAAUUAGGAGCACCCUUGCAAAGUUUGUGCUGGGUGUAUGGCUUUUUGUUGUACUCAUAAUCACUUACAGCUACACAGCGAGCCUGACAUCAAUCUUAACUGUUCAACGGCUCUCAUUAGGGAUUGAAGGGAUCGACAGUUUGGUUUCAAGUAGAGAUCGUAUUGGGUAUCAGGUUGGAUCAUUUGCAAAGAACUACCUAAUCAAAGAACUCCACAUUGCCGAGUCGAGGUUGGUACAGUUAGUGCAACCUGAAGAUUAUGCCAAUGCCUUGGAGCGUGGACAGAACCGCGGUGGAGUUGCUGCAGUUGUAGAUGAGCUGCCAUACAUUCAGUUCUUUUUAUCCCGCUACUGCAAGUUCAAGAUGGUGGGCGAGCAAUUCACAAAGAGCGGAUGGGGAUUUGCUUUCCCAAGAGACUCUCCUCUCUCCGUGGACCUCUCAACCGCCAUCUUAACAUUGUCAGAUAAUGGAAAACUCCAAGAAAUCCGUGACAAAUGGCUAACCACAACGGGAUGUGAUUCACAAAACGACACCAACAAUUCAACCCAGCUUAGCUUUAAUCGUUUUUGGGGUCUCUUCCUCAUCUGUGGUCUCACCUGCAUCAUCGCUCUCAUUGUAUUCUUCCUACGGAUAUUCUGUCAGUAUCUCAGAUGCAACAGCUCAGAAAUGAUAGCGCCUUCAGUUAAUUUUCAGGCUGUUGACAGGCAUCCAACUCGGUUAAGUAGUAUCAAGAAUUUGAUGAGGUUUAUUGAUAAAAAGAAAGAAAAUGUGAAGGAUGCUAUUAAGGGGAAAUCUAGUGAGAAGCAACUGCAACUGGAACAUGCUUAGAUACUAACGUAGCCAAUUCUGUAUACAGUUAUUUAUGUACUUAUUGGAAUAUUAGUACUUAGAGAGGUUGGAUCAGCGUUGACGAGCUCUACAUAAAUUAUACUUUAAAAAGGAUAAAUUAAAUGAUGUCUUUGUAUUUAGAGAAAAAUCUUAGAAUUUCUAUAUGUGCAUGUGUGCGUGUGCAAAUCUUACAUUUUACAGACUCAUGAAAGACAGGUUGUUCUCCAAAUUAUUAAAUUUGUUGUGCCUUCAA